GAAGGUAAAUAACAUAGAGUUUGAAUACCACCGUUUACAUUUAUCGUAUGUUCAAACGUUUUAACUGAUUCUUGCAUAAUUAACAAAUAAAGCGUUCGUGUUGGAUGAACAUAAAAUCGGAAAUCCGGGGUUACACUUGGGACAUACUUACGUUGGAUAUUAAGUGUAAAUAAUAUGAUUUUUCCUUAACUGAAUGCCUGUGUAUAUAAAGUUCAAUACUAAUGUACAUUAUAUACAUAUCGGGAGAAUUUAUGGGUGUAACUAAUUUUUAAAGCUAGCUGAAUGAGUGAAACAUUUUCUUGAAACAAUAUUAAAUAUGGAAAGAUUCGUCACAUAUAGUCUUCUCGUACUGGUAUUAAUACUGUCAUGGAAGCUGUACCAAUAAAGCAGGACUUUUCUAAUACCCCAGGUCCAAAAGGAUUACCUUUCCUUGGGUCUGUUUUCUCUAUGAACCCGGAGAAAAUGCAUCUCAGCUUUUUUAAGUGGGCUUUGAAUUAUGGGACUAUAUUCAGAGUUAAACUUUGUGGAAAGUCAAUUGUUGUUUUAAACGAUUUCGAUCUUGUUAGAAAAGUAUUUGCGGAUAAAGAACAAGUUGGUUAUUUCAAUGACCGACCUGAAACUUUUGUCAGAAAGUUCGCUGUAUAUGAUACAGCAGAUAUUGUGCUUUCACGUGAAAACAGUCAGAAGUUUGUUUAACUGAAAACCAUUCUUCAGAAAUGUCUGAGAUGUCAGAGUCAGACUGGCAGUUUUCGGAAUAGCUUUAAAGAGGAGUUGGUACGGCUUGAGGAGAAUAUUGAGGCUUGACGGAAAAGAGUUUGACGUUAGUCCACUGCUGCGCCAUUCAUUAGCAGAUCUUAUUUCAAUUUUGCUAUGAGGAGAAGGGGUCGGUAGCGAAGCCAGCAAGCGUUUACGGGAAUUUAACGACAGCACGCUUUAUUUAUUGGAAACCUCGGUCAAUUUGUUUCUGUCAACUUUUCCAUUCACAAGACAUGUACCUGGUAAAUUUAGAACAGUUUAUAAAAGGAUGAUGUCAUCCAGGGAUUGGAUAAUUGAUAAGUAUUUUGAUCAGUGUAAGUCAGACAAGACAGCAAGCAAUGAGAAGGGGCUUGUACAUGCACUGCUUACGCAGCAAACCGAUGUAAACAAAGAGAAAGGAUACGCUUUCAUCACAGAUGAAAAUAUAAAGGGAAUUAUUCUAGAUCUUAGUGUCACAGCGAUGAAAACUACAUACUCCGCCGUCGCCGCCUGUUUAUUACUAUUACUGAGCCAUCCGGAGUAUAUCUCUGAUAUCCAAACUGAAAUAGACGGCGUUGUUGGAUUGGAUCGGGUACCAGAAGAGGAAGAUCAAGCAAAGAUGCCAUUCAGCAGAGCUGUGGUGUACGAGGUUCUCAGAUACGUCUCUCACACAAGUCUUGGUCUACCACAUUUAUUGACAAAAGAUUACACAUUGAAUACAUACCACUUUAAAAAGAAUGACAUUUUCCUGUCAAAUGUUUGGCACAUACACCACGAUCCGCAUUUUUGGGACAAAGCUUGGGAAUUCUGCCCGAGAAGAUUUUUGGAUGACGAUGGCGCUCUUUUACCUGCCAGCCAUGAAAAUAUGAGGAGAAUUGCAAUUUUCUCCGUCGGAAGACGAAUUUGUUUGGGGAAGGACAUUGCUUUCAACAGAAUCUUCCUUUAUAUCACAAAUAUUCUCCAGAAGUUUACACUCCUACCUCCAGACUCUUGUACUUUACCAGAUGCUGAUCCAAGAGAAUAUGUCCCCGGACUUGUGCUACAGCCAAAACCAUUUACGUGCAAGCUGAUCAGAAGAUGUGAUAGACAAUUAUAGGACUGAUCGUCCGUCUGAUGACGAAAGAACUUAAAACAACUUUGUUUCCAGUUUAGUCCUUAUCAUUUAACAUGAUAAUUUCUGUUUUAGUGUCUCUAAGUUUCACUUAGGUAUUACAUCUUUGUAUGAAUCAUAACGAAUAACUUUCAGAGAUACAUGGCUUAUAUUAAUAAAUCCUUAGCAACUCAGCAAAAUAACAACAGCAGUAUUCUAACGCCCACUAGCACGGGCCUAAGGGAAACUUGAUUGAUUGAAUAUUUUACUUUAUUUCUAUUUCUCCAUUUAUUGCAGAUUUAUAUAACAUUAAUUACGUUUUGUAUAUAUAACUGUUCCUAUGCAUAAUCAGGUUUUGAAGUUUUGAUUACACCUUACACUGAAACCAGUCAUGACUGCGAAGUUAUCAGGUGCAAUAUUUUAUAUAAAACAAUUAUAAAUUGCCAAAAUUCGUUUAGUUCAUUUGGUAGACAACAAUUGGUACAAAGUUAUAUCUUUUCUAUGAAAGGCGAUGAAAUUUUCUAUUUAUAAUGUACUGCACAAAUAAGUGCAAAGACAUUCUUGACCUGCGGUUUAUUGAGGUUAUGUACUGUCACAUGAAUAUAAAAUAACUGACUUAUUUGAUUCAACGUUGUAAACUUUUAAAGAAAUGAAUUUCGGAAACGAUAAAGUCAUCAACUAAUGGCGGAUGUUCGAAUAACAUAACAAGCGCUCUAACGUCGCAUCACAACGCACACUUUCCAUGGGCAGAUUCGAGGAAAAUGCAUGUUUUUAUCAUGACGACUUGACGUAUGUAUACAAUUAUAGCCAUUCGAGCGUUGUACCCCAUGUAAUAUUCGGCUUUUUGGGCCACAAAAUUUACUGGGGACACGUAUUCAUUAGUUGUAUAUUAUCUCAUCUAAUGAAACAGGUUUGGACAUACUGUUAAAAAGUCUAAGAGGGAAUCUCAAAUGAAAAGAAAUCUUGACAUGGUAACUACAGAAAUGAGUGGAAUAGAAAUGACGGUGUUCACGAAUAAAAGUUUUUUAUCUAUCAUUUUAGAUUUUCUCGUCUUUUUAAUGUUUUUUUUUUCUUUUUACCAACGUUUAACCAGUUGCCCGCACAUUGACACACGCAGCAUCAUGGCGUACCAAUGCUGGUAAAGGAUAGAUAUAUGUUCAUGUUUUUGUAAGAUAACCGUGUCCGAUCAUGUAUUAUAAUAAGUGUGUUUUUCCCUAGUGAAAUCAUGUUCAAUAAUCUUUCCUUAAAAAACAAUGCAUAGAAAAAUCGCGUUUUAACGUUAUUAAUUCACGAAAUACGGAAUACUUUCACAAGGGCGUAGCCCUAGUGAAUCAUUCUGGCGAAGUAUAACUGAUACUGGAUGUAGUAAUUUAAGUGAAACACGAUUUUGCUAAACAU